CUGCGGUGUUCGGCGACUGGCAGCAGCAGCAGCAGCAGUGAAGAGCGAGAGAGAGCUCGAGUCGUCGCAGUGCAAGCAGCCAAACCGUGCAUCGAAUAUGGCCUCGAACUGUAAAUACUUCGACGAGGAUUCGGUGUACCGCAUCAACAAGAAGGGUCGCGUCGAGUUCGGGCUGGUUCUGGAGAACGCCGAGUACGUGACCAGUGAGGAAGAAGACGAGGUGUCCCUCAACGUACCCCAAUGGGACCGCAUGAAGCGCGGACACGUCCGGGUCGCCUGGCACCCCAAGGGCCGCGAGGAAGUGCUCUCCGAGAAAAAAGUGAAGCUGCAGGACCGUUCCCUAAUGCCUGGGGACAUAGUGCGCAAGGUGGUGAAAGGCCGGGACACGCAGCUGGGCUACUGCCGCAACACGGAGGUGUCGGCCACGGUGCAGGUCUUUGGCAGCGACCUGGUCAUCCCGGACGUCAGCAGCGCCGACCUGGUGCCCCUUGAGCGUUUCAGCCCAGACGUGGCCAUCUUCCUCGAUUCCUGGGUGGGCAUGGUGCAGAAUGUCAAGACGGAGCUCACGGUCCACUUUGCAGACGGCUCCACGUGCAUCCUGCAAGAAGACGACGCCCUGGAUCUGGACGAUGUGCUGGACCGGAGACAGCCCUCCUCCGAGUUCAAGAAGGUGGGCUUCUACAAGGGCCAGCGCCUUCACGGGCCCAUGCAGUGCUUCAGCACCGCCCGGUGGCUGAACUGCACCAAGGAGACUACUGCGCUGCUCUCUAGACCGCACAAGAACGUCACUGUCACCGUGGACGAGGUGAAGGUGGUGUACCUGUUCGUGCAAGGUGUGUGCAAGGCCUUUGAGGACACGGGGGGCGUGCAGGGGGACUCGGAGCUCAUCAAGUACGUCAUCGAGGGGGAGGCCCUCGACAGGGUGAAGAUGAUCAACAUCUUCGAGAGGUGCGCCCUGCAGAUUGGGGACCGGAACUACUACACGCUCAAGGCCACGGACAAGGUCACAACGCUGGAGGCCUGGAAGCGGGGGUGCACGGCCAAGUACUUCUCACACCCGACAGAAGGCAAGCCGGUUACGGAGAACGGCACCCAGGAACCCACUGCGGCGGCGGUGGCUGGCCAGGGAGACACGGCGGAUGGGGCAGCCAACGACCGCUGCAGCGGCAGCGCGGAGGAGGCCAGCGACUCGGACUACGCGGAGGAAGUGGGAGAGGAGGACGACGCCACCUCGGACAGCGCCUCCAUGACGAGCGCGUCCACCGCCUCCUCCCUGGAGCACCGCAGGACGCCCGGCAUUUGCCGCCGUGGCAAGCACGGCCCCUCCCUGGCAACGAAGCUGCUCAAGAAGCGCAGGGUGCGCACGAGACGCCGCCGGGCGGCUCGCAACUCCCAGAUGCCCAAGCCUGGUGACGUCCUGGUCACGGAAACUUUGAACACCGAGACCACCGCACAGGUGGUCUGGCAGGACGGGUCGGUGGAGGAAGGGAUCCUCUCGUCGGAGCUCUACCCGAUCCACCACCUGGACGGACACGAGUUCUUCCCCGGGGACUUUGUCGUGGAAAACACAGACGACCCUCCUGCACACGAGUACGGGGUAGUUAAGCACGUGGACCACUCCGGCCGGACGGCGGUCAUCACCCUCUUCAGGACCUACAUGGCUGGAGCAGACCCCCAUCCACUGGAGCUGGGAGAACAAGAAGUGAGCGUGUACGACAUCAAGGAUCACCCGGACUUCAAGUAUCGGCCGGCGUCCUGCGUCAUCAGAGUCGCCAACUUUGAGGACCGGGAGUCCGAGUCCACGGCGGGGCAGGUGGUGGACGUGCACCCGAUGGGCAAGGUGCAGGUGCAGUGGGUGAGCGGCAAGACCUCGCUCUGCUACCCCCAGGAGCUGUACCGCAUCGGGGAGUACGACUCGGACGACCUCUGGGACGACGAGGACGACGGCGACGACGACUCUCAGGACUCCUGGGAGACCCAGUCCGAGAGGUCGCUCCCCGACCAGGCGACCUCUCCGGACAGGAUCGUGAUCACGGAAGAGGCGGAGCUCAUCGAGGUCCCGCCCCCGGCCGACACGAAAGAGGAGGCGGAGCCACCGGCUUCGGAAACGACCAACGGGGCGGCGGCGGCGGCGGCGCCGCCCGCAGAGCGCCUGGACCCCCAGGCCCUGCGGACCAAGAUGCAGGGCCAGAUCGAACUGCUGCGGCUGAGCAUGGCCCGCCUCGAGGAGAUGUUCACCCAGAACCCGACGCAGCAAUCCUGCUUCGUCAUACGGAAGCUACUGGAGCUCUACCGGCACUGCAAGACCUUCGACCAGCUGUUGGGCACGGCCUACUUCCAGGAGCGCUGCCUCCAGUCCCUAGUGGACAGGCUGCGCCAGAGGGGACGCAUCAACAGCUCCCAGCAUGUGUCCGACCAGAUCAUGCGGCUGUUUUCGGCGUCUUUGGAUUCGGCCGCUGCGUCGCUGCGGAGCGACGCCGGUUCGGAAGUGAACGGCGAGGACAAUGCAGCCAGCGAGGAACUGCAGGAGGCGCCCCCGGAUGCCACGGCAGCGGCGCCCCGGGGCGUGGAGGUCCCUCCCGUGCCCCGGCGUCCCACGAGCAUGAGCUGCCGCCUGGAGGGGGGGCUGUCCCUAGAGCCCCGCAACAUCUGCCAGCAGCUGUGCACCAUCAUCAAGGCCAGGCUGCUCCAGGCACACGAGGACGUGCAGGUUCGCUUUGGCAUGUCUCCCGCCGAGCUAGAGAUAGCGGCCAGCGAUCCGGCUACCAAUCCGGCUGCGGAGCCGGACGCCCCCGAAAGCAAGGCGGUGGAGGAACCCGUGGUGGAGCCAGUGGAAGAAAUGGCAGAGACGCCAGUUGGAAACGACGAGGAAACCAAGGGUCAAGGAGUGUUCUCUACGAUGGACGCCGUGCCGGACUGCCACAAGUACAAGCUGUCCAUCCUGCAGCCCAACGACCCCAAGGCCUUCUUCAGGAUGGUCAGGAAAGAGAUCAAGCUGCUGACGUCCUCGCUACCGGAAGGAAUCUUUGUCAAGGCGUUUGAAGACAGAAUGGACUUGUACUCGGUGCUGAUCCGUGGCCCGCGUCGCACGCCGUACGAGGACGGGCUCUUCCUGUUCGACCUACAGUUCCCGGCCGAGUACCCCCACGCGCCCCCGCUGUGCCACUACGUGUCAUACUGCAGCGACCGCCUCAACCCCAACCUGUACGAGGGCGGCAAGGUGUGCGUCAGCCUGCUCGGCACCUGGGGCGGAAAGGGGUCAGAGAUGUGGUCGCCGACCUCGUCGAGCCUGCUCCAGGUGCUUAUCUCCAUCCAAGGGCUGAUCCUGGUGUCCGAGCCGUACUACAACGAGGCCGGCUACGAGCAGCAGAGGGGCUCCCAGCAGGCCCAGGAGAACAGCCGCAUGUACAACGAGAUGGUCGUGCUCAAGCUGGUCCAGGCCAUGGGCAAGAUGAUCCAGAAUCCACCGGAAGUUUUCAAGGAGGAGAUCGAGCAGCACUUCAGGGAAAAUGCCUCCAGGUUCAUUGCUCGCCUGGAGAGCUGGCUGACGCUGUCGGACGCCUGGCGCGUCAGCUCGCCAACCUCGGCCCCGACGGCAGACAGCCUCAGGGCCUUUGCACUCAGGGGGGAGGCGGGCGGGGGCGGGGGCUCGUUCCCGGACUUCCCGCUGCUGCCGGCCUCGAGGGGCUUCUGCCUGACACUGCGCAAGACCCUCGCCGCCUUCAGGGAGGUGCUCAGGGCCCACGGGGUGCCCACGGACCCCUAGGACGCCGAAGCCCGGCCCGCUGUACACUCUGUAAAUUGUGCAUUGUGGAAACCUCACGGUGAUGACGAGAAGAGGCCGUUAAAGAGGAUCUCGCGGAACUUGUCUGGUCCAACUCUCUCUCUUUUUUUUUACUAUGUUCCGCUUUGCAACGGCAGCAACGCCAGCAGCACUCGUUUGUUGUGCUUCCAGCGGCCAUCGCAGCAGCACUUGCCAGUACGCACCUCUCCGGCCAACCACGGCAGCAACCUCCAAAGAAACGCUCGACCGGGAAACUGGACUACGCCGGCGCGAGACUUUCCUUUACAAGUGAAAGUCGCUCGGCGACAGCUACGAGGACUGCGCAGGAAGAAGACUAGGACUACUCGUCGCGUUUGCAUCGACUAAGUUAAGAUAGCUAUUACAAUUAAAUUUCCGCGGGUUUCUUAUCUC